CCGCUCAGCUCUUGGCACGUUCAGCACAAACCUCUCCAUCAGCUGGCCCAGCCUCCUCCAAACACCAGUAAAGACUGGGAAUCUGCAAUUAGAGUUGGAGUGCUGGACUGUGGGGAAGAAGGGAACUACGAGACGUGCAAAGAAUAUGGGAUUCACUAUUACCCAACUUUAAGGUACUUCAAAGCAUUUACAAAGCAGUUCACAAUUGGAGAAAAUUACCAAGCAGGAGCAGAUCGAGAGCUGCAAACUCUUCGUCAGAUGAUGAUUGACUUCCUCCAGAACCAUUCCCAGGAGGUGAGACCUCCUGCUUGCCCACCACUGGAUCCAGUGUUGUCCAGUGAUCUCACAUCUCUUUUUGACAAGAGCAGCCACCACUACACAGCCAUUGUGUUUGAGAGCAACAGCUCCUAUGUGGGCCGAGAGGUUAUCUUAGACUUGGUCCAGUAUGAAAACAUCGUGGUGAGGAGAGCGUUGAAUUUUGAUAAACCUUUCCUGGAGAAGCUGGGGCUCACCUCAGUCCCCUCGUGCUACCUGAUACAGCCCAAUGGCAGCCAUGGAUUAAUUAACAAUUUGAAGCCUCUACGGUCUUUCUUUUCUUCAUAUUUAAAGUCACUGCCAGGUGUAAGGAAAAAGCUCCUUUUGCCACUGCAGCUGCCUGCUCCAGAAAACAAAGAGGAGAACACAGAAAUCAAGGUGUGGAAAGAGUUUGAUAAGUCCAGGCUCUACAUGGCUGACCUUGAGUCGGGAUUGCAUUUCCUGCUCCGGGUGGAGCUGGCCACGCACAAGGCGCUCGAGGGAGCUGAGCUAAAAACCUUCAAGGACUUUGUCACCAUCUCUGCCAAGCUCUUUCCUGGCCGUCAGCCUGUGGUGAAGUUGUUAGAGACCUUGCAGGAGUGGCUGGUGAGCCUUCCAUUAGACAAAAUCCCUUAUGAUGCUAUCCUGGAUCUGGUCAACAACAAAAUGCGGAUUUCUGGGAUAUUUCUCCCCAGGAAAGUCCAGUGGGUUGGCUGCCAGGGCAGCAGACCAGAGCUGAGGGGCUACAGCUGCUCCCUCUGGAAGCUGUUCCAUACCCUCACUGUUCAGGCUGCACUGAGACCAAAAGCUUUGAUAAACACAGGUCUUGAGGACAACCCCCAAAUUGUGCUGCAGGUGAUGAGGAGAUACAUCCAGCACUUCUUUGGGUGCAAGGCUUGUGCUCAGCACUUUGAGGAGAUGGCCAAAGAAUCCAUGGAUUCCGUGAAAAGCUUGGACCAGGCUGUUCUGUGGCUCUGGGAGAAGCACAACGUGGUGAACAACAGGCUGGCAGGUGAUUUGACUGAAGAUCCAAAAUUCCCUAAAGUUCAGUGGCCAACUCCAGACAUUUGUCCUGCAUGUCACGAAGAAAUCAAAGGGCUGCACAGCUGGAAUGAAGACCAAGUCCUGCAAUUCCUGAAGUCCCACUACAGCAGUGAAAAUAUUCUCUAUAAAUACACCGAGAGCCAGACUGACCCCAGUGACAACGAGCAGGGAGACACCAGGGAGGUGAAAGACAAAAACCUGCUGAAGAACUCGGGGGGAAAUGGAGAAAAUGAGCUCCAGGAUAAGGAAAACCCAGUCGAUCCAGGCUCCAGGGGGUUAGAGAAGCCACUGGGAAAUCCUGGAGCUGUCCAAGGUAGCGGCAAAAGCGCAGCUGCAUCCGUGAACCUCAAAGGGAGCAGGCAGGCUGUGUCCUUCCUAGGGAUUGGAUUUUCCAACCUAGACAUGAGUCUGUGUGUCAUCCUCUAUGUGGCUUCAUCCUUGUUUUUAAUGAUCAUGUACUUUUUUUUCCGGAUGAGAUCCAAGCGCUGGAAAGUGAAGUAUUACCGUUCCUCGGUGUAG